AUGGACUCCCCCGGCGAGCACCUGUACGAGACCCCGCUGGCCACCUACCACGCCCCCACCUCCAUCAUCUACGAGACCCUGUACGAGGUCCCGUCCGAGUACGAGACCUCCGUCCAGUUCCCCGAGCCGCCGUCCAUGCCACCGCCCAAGCCGCCGUCGGACGACGGGCGGAGCCGCUCGUCCUCGUCGUCCUCGUCCUCCUCGGACAGCGAGGACGAGGAGAGGGCGGUGGAGUACGAGAACCUGAGGGAGGAGAAGAGUCUGGCCUGGGAGAGGGGUUCCCAGGGUUCCCGGGGUUCCCGAGGCUCCCGUGGUUCCCGAGGUUCCCGCGGUUCCCGCCGGUCGUCUGCCUCCUCGGCGUCGUCCGCCUCCGAGAGACGGGAGCUCAAGGAGGAGAAGAAGAAGGACGACCCGGACGGGUUCAACAUCAAUCUCUAUGUCAAGGCGGCGAGCGAUGGCGAGAGCGUUGGGAACUGCCCCUUCUCCCAGCGUAUCUUCAUGAUCCUGUGGCUGAAGGGCGUCACCUUCAACGUGACCACCGUCGACCUGAUAAGGAAACCGGCCGACCUCCACAACCUGGCGCCGGGGACCCACCCACCCUUCCUCACCUUCCAGGGGGAGGUGCUCACCGACGUCAACAAGAUUGAGGAGUUCCUGGAGGCCGCGUUGACUCCGCCCAAGUAUCCCAGGCUCGCUGCCAAGAACCGCAAUUCCAACACGGCCGGAAAUGACAUCUUCGCCAAGUUCUCGGCAUACAUCAAGAACACCAGGGCAGAUAAGAACCAAUCACUGGAGAAGAGUCUGAACAAGGCUUUGGCCGAGCUGGAUGAGUACCUGAUGAAGCCCACGUACGAAGAGGACCAGGGGCGCCGUGGGGUGGAGUCCACCCGCCGGUACCUGGACGGGGACGAGCUGACGUUGGCUGACUGCAACCUCCUGCCCAAGCUUCAUGUGGUGAAGGUGGUGGCGAAGAAAUACAGAAAGUACGACAUCCCGUCGGAAUUCCGGGGCGUGUGGCGUUACCUGAACAAUGCCUACAAACGAGACGAGUUCAUCAACACAUCCGCGUCCAACGAGGAGAUCGAGCUGGCCUACAUGGAUGUGGCCAAGCGGCUGGGGAAGUGA